AUGUCGGAAGACGAAGCAUCGCCUUUGCUCUCGGCCGCGACGAAAGGAAAAUCCAAGGCUCGUGAGCCGGGAGAUUCUGGCGAGUCGACGCCACUGCUCUCGAAUUCGUCGGCAACGCCACGUUACGAUGGAGAAGAAGAUGAGCAUCAUGUAGAUAGUGACGAUUCGAGUCCAGCCCACCCCACCGAUGCGUCCCCCGCUUCCAGUUUGACUAAGAAGUCUAGGAGAUGGGCGUCAUUUAUCGCAAUGUUCAUACUGGCAGCGCUCGUCGUCGUCAUUAUCGUUCUCGCCUUCGUUGUUCCUCAAACUAUUCAAGAGUAUGCUCAGCAAGCCGCCGUUAUUGAGCCUACCAACCUCUCCCUCGAAUCCAUUACGACGAACGGCGUUCGAGCUCGGAUCCAAGCCAACUUUCAUCUAGAUGGGUCGAGAGUUAGCAGCAAUCAUGUGCGAAGAGUAGGAAAGGCUGUUACAUGGGUGGCAGCUCAGCUUGAAAGCGAACAGACGAGGGUCGAUGUGCGCAUUCCUAAAUAUAAUAACGUGCUUCUUGGAUGCGCAAGCAUCCCGCCUCUAUUGAUCAACUUGCGGGAUGGCGACGUAACACAGUUUGAUAUUGUCGCGGAAAUAAUACCGGGCGAUCCAGAAGGCAUUCGCAUAAUUGCGAAUGAAUGGUUCGAAGGCAGAUUGGACGAACUGCGUCUAAACGGACAGGCUGAUCUCAGUCUCAAAUCUGGCAUCUUCCCUCUAGGGACGCACGCCAUCUCGGAAUCGAUUGUAUUUGAAGCUAACAAGGUCCCUGCGAUACCAAAAUAUAAUAUUACUCGUUUUAAAGUCGAUGAUGGCCCGAUGAAGGGGACAAUGCUAGCCGACGUAGCACUGGCGGCGUUCAACGAGUAUCCGGUCGAACUUAAUAUUCCCGAGCUUGCGUUUGAUAUUUUAGUAUCCGGUUGCGCUAGUUCAGAUCCCUUCAUCCUAGUAGCGGAAGCGGCUACGAGCGAGGUUCAUGUGGAACCACGCUCUGAUGUUGUGCUCGAUGUUAAAGGAGUUAUCCGCGAGUUACCUGACUCCUUGACUCACGUUUGCCCGGACUCUACUUCUUCACCUUUAGAUAACAUCCUUCGACAAUAUAUGCAUGGCGACCCCGCUACACUCUUCGUCCGUGGGAGUCGUCAUCCCGAUGGCGACACGCCGAAGUGGAUUGCAGACAUACUAUCUAGCGUAACAGUACCUGUCCCAUUUCCCGGACGUACCUUAGAUGGUCUGCUUAGGAACUUCUCUUUGACCGAUGUCAAUUUUGCUCUACCCGAUCCCGACGCCCCAGACUCCAACCCGACAGUUUCGGGAACUAUUUUAGUUACCGCAAGCAUUCCUUCUGAGAUGAACUUUGGUAUAGACGUGACAAACGUCCGCGCCACGGCGGACGUGCUUUACAAGUCGAAGAAAAUGGGAGAACUAAAUCUACGAGAAUGGCAACACGCUAAUUCUACUAGGGUUGAAGGCGAGGGGGAUGAUGGGCCUAUGCUCAAAAUCCAGUCCCGCGUUAUCGAUGCACCCCUCAACAUCACCGAUAGUACGGUAUUUGCCGAAGUCAUUAGUGCCUUACUAUUUGGCAUCGAAACGGUCCGUCUACAUGUUGACGCCUUAGUGGAUAUCAAAGUGCAUACCACGUUAGGAAACCUUACUCUAAAGGAGGUUCCUGCGGAGGGCAAAAUUCCAGUAAAACCCCUUCCAAAGGGUACUGUUGGCAGUAUUGAACCAAAGGUCGGGUCUCUCAGGAUUUUGGACACGACAUCAGACUCGAUAACGUUGCAAGCCUUAGUUAAUGUUACCAAUCCAACACUCUAUACAGCUCAUGUACCAUAUGCGAACAUCCACGUCCUGAGCAAUGGUACGAUCAUCGGGAGUGCUACGGUAGAGGAUCUAAAUAUUGGCAAAGGUCCAAACUCAAAUAUACUUGUCACCGCAAAAUGGAAUCCACCAAUGGGUGGCGCCCACGGUCGAAAAAUUGGGCGGGAACUAAUAUCACAGUACCUGUCAGGCUGGAAUACGAGCAUCACUGUAAAGCCACAUCGAAAUAGUAUCCCAGGCCAGCCCAUCAUCUGCGAAGCGUUAUCGAAAUUUAAUAUGACCCUUGCCGCUCCCAAGCUGAGUUUGCCUGGAGACACCCCUGAAGAGAGGUCUCAUUUCAUUAGAGAUGCUACUUUCCACGUCUUUUCAUCGACGGCCACAUUUACCCUUGUAUCACCAUUGCAUUAUAACACAUUAUAUCUAGAUUUUGUCAACGCUACCGCAUUGUAUAAUCACACCGAGCCGGUAGGGCAGAUCGUCUACGACUUGCCGUUCUCAGCACCACCUGGCAAAUCCCAAACGCCAAAACUACCAGUAUCGUGGUCACUAGACUCGGUUGGCUACGAUGCUGUGAAGAAAGCGAUAGGCGGAAAGCUCAAGCUGGAUGCAUAUGCCAAUGUAGAGGUGCGGCUGGGGAACUGGAAGGAAUCACUUUGGUAUCAGGGUGAAGGGAUUGGUGCGAGUGUACAGAUAUGA